CCUUGUUAGUCGCGUGUAUUUGACGUGUUCUCGAAUUCUAAUUCACAUGAUUUACUUUCGUCGUCGCAACAAAUAUUUACACAUGUACAUAUCUAAUUUGGUGCUUACAUGAGAUAGAAUAAAGAAAGGGCAUCACCCCAUCCAAUUCACCACAUAUCCUCCUCUUGACGCUCAAUACGAUAAUGUCUCACUCCCGCUCCUCUUCUAACCACCAAGCCGCCAUAUUCUCGCCCUCAGUAGCCCGAGCCGCCGCUUCUGCCGCUAAGGAUUGGUCCUACGUGGACGACUGGCUACGAAGCAAAUACUCCAACUCAAAUAUUAAUCGCGGGCGCCCUCCAGCAUUCGAACGCAACCCCGAAACCCUCAAGGCCCUCCUCGCACUCGCUGCCGCUAGUGAAGCCGCAGACGAAGAUCGCGACCAACUCGCUCGAGUCGAAGCCGCCGCCCUCGAAGAUGUACGGACACAAGAACGAGAGCGAGAAGACAGGAGAAAGCGACAAGAACAACGAAUAGAAGGGGGGGAAGAAGCACCAAUCGAUGGAGAUCUCCUAGCCCAAGACCUCCUCACCGCCCUCGAGUCCAACCUAAGUAAAGAAGGCCAAACAGCCCUCGACGCCCUAGCUACCACUUCCGUCGAACUUGGUGUCGCCCACCCUACUCCUGAGCUCCUAGGCUCGCAUAUCGUAGACCUCCGAACACGCCUGGUCGCCGCCUCGGACGCUGCCGAGCGGGUAGACCUACUCCGACGGUACGUCGAUCGAGAAGCCGAGCGCGCGGCUGCGUUUCUUGAAGAGCUGAAAAGUGGCGAUGCAUAUCAACCUAGACCAGACCUAGCACGACAGAAUUUGGAUCUACAACGGAAGAACCAAGUUACCGAGGGCCGCCUUCCUGAGCUCGCGCGUCAAGUUCAGGGUUUAGAGAAGGCCGUUGGUGGUCUACCAAGUUUGACGGUCGAGGACGUUCAGGAAGACGAGGAGGCAUAUCUCGAGUUACUGACUAGGAAGAAGGAUCUAGAUGCGCAAGUUCGGGCGUUUGCUGGGUUGCCGCCAGACAUCGAGGCAGCACGAGCUGAGUUAGAAGCGCUCCGUUCUGAGCUUCGAGAUGCGACGGAGAAGAGAGAUGAGAAUUUCGAGAGGUUAGUAGAGCGAGAGAGCCCAGUAAAGACUCGGAGGAGAUUUUGAAGGGUUGUAGGUAGUAAUCAAUGACA